AUGACGCCGACCAGCGGCGACGGCGACGUCGACGGCCGACAUAUCACCGACGCCGCCGUCAUCGUCGACGAGCGCCCCCUUCCGCCGCGCCAACUGACUCUUGCAUCGACGCCGCCGCUACCAGCGCGGCUGAGUCAGUUCAUACGACCGCAGCAAGGAGAGGUACAACAGCCGUCGGUCGCAACGGUCUCCGAGCGCCUGCAGAGAGCCAGGAUCGACCACCUUCGACACAGGCGCAACGUCGAAGACGAGCAGCUGCGCAAGCAGAGGCGCCAGCAGGACCACGCCGUUCCCAGCGGCAGCACACAAGCUGUGUCUUCCACCGCGGCCAGGCCAAAGACAUCGUCGGCACUUCCGCCCCUGGCUUCCGGAAGCAACCCGGGGCUCGCCUUUCUCUCCCACACCUCACUGAAUCAGCAGGAGCGGGACCAGAGGCUGCGCAACAGGCAGAUCCAAAGGCGAAUCGCCGGCCCAAUCCCGCCGCAGAGCUGGAGGCAAGACGACAAUAGCAACAGCGGCCAAGGACCAGACAAUGAAGAUGCGACGCUGCGAUCAAGAUCCUCACACGCCCAGAUAGAAGCUCGCAUCGAAACGAGGAAACGAGCCGUCCUAGCUCGCCGCCACAGGGUCUGCAGCGCCCUCCGCGCCCUUCUCGACGAGCGAGAUGAAGCCACGUCCCAGGUUCGCCUCGCACAACGACUGCCAACGCUGCGCAACAUGGCGCUGUGUGCAAUAGCAGCUCUGGCCAUACCAACUUCGAACCAAGGCUCCAAGGCACAACGUCGCUACCGUGCUGAGCUCUUUGACCUCUCGAUCGACCACAUCCCGCCUCACCUUCGGCGAACCAUGGCGACGCUCUGCGGUCGACAGGCCCGCGUUCUUGGAGCCACCGCCGAAACCCUCCUGAGCUUGCUGCGACCGACACAUGCAAGGACCGGCGCCGUUCUCAAGUCCACGGCGUCCUUGCGCCCCGACUCGGCUAGCGCCAACGAGGCCGGCAGUGACGACGAUGACGACGAUGAUGGCGCAGACUGGGACGCCGAGGAUGACGAGCCGGUCGCACAGCUGGUGGCGCAAAAACCGAAGUCUACACCCGAAUCUAGCCGCUGGACAGCCAACCUGGUCGACCUGUCGUACUAUGAUCUCCUCGGCCCUGCUCAGGUCCGGUCGGUGCUCAACAGCAACCUCGUCGUCGCAAACUCGCACGUCAACCUCCGUGCGUUGAGCCUCGCGGGCUUCCGCCUCGACUUUGCCGAUCCCGACGCGCUCCUCCGCAUCCUUGCAAAACUCGCCAAUCUCGAGCUGCUGAGCCUCGCCGGGUCGUCCGGAUCAAGCAGCUCCGCCCUCGACCAUGGCAUGUUUCUCAAGCGGCUCAGCCGGGCGACACCACGGCUGCAGGUCCUGGACCUUUCCUACUGCGCCUGGGUCGACUCGCAAGCCGUCUGCUGCGUCUCGUGGUCGGAAUGGCCCAGGCUCGAUCAUCUCGUGCUCAAGGGCUGCGAGCCCUUGCAGCAUCCGGUCGUGGUGUCGUGUGAGCGAGAGGACCUCGACGCGCCGCCGGAACUCCCGGACGCCUCUGUGGGCGACGGCAGGGGAGUGGCGGCUGCCAACUUUGUCGCUCCCUGGCACGCCCUGCAUCAUGGCCAGGGACGACGCGACGGUCAGGCCUCCACGGUCCGGUCGUCGGUCCUCGUCGCGACACGACCGGGCAUCCUACCCGGCACGGGCGCGACCUCACAGAGCGCCGCAGCUUCGGAUGGCGGACGCCACGAGGACGCGGUACGCGCGCUGACCCGCCAGGCGAGCGCAAGUUGGACGGCGGGCAGGGUCAGAGGCUCCGGGCACACCAAGGCGGUGUCGUACACGCAAUCGUUCGUGCGGUGUCCGACGAGCGGCAAGGAAGUGGAACAAUGGCAGUGGGAGCGGGCGAUGGUCCUGGAUGCCGUCAGAGGAAGGCUCAAGGGUGGCGGGCGAAGGUGGGUCGAGGUGUGGUUCUGA